AUGGCAGAGAAUCUCAUUGUUCUCCUCGUUGGAAAGGGUGCGCGGGAACAUGCCCUUGCCUGGAAGUUGAGCCAGGCGCCGUCAGUCAAAAGGGUGCUCGUCUUUCCUGGGAAUGCGGGAACAGAGCAAGGUCACCCCAAAGUCUCGAACCUCGAAACCAAUUUUGAGGCAACAGACUACCGUCAACUAGCUGAGCUUGCGACAGAAAUCGGAGUUGGUCUCGUUGUUGUUGGGCCUGAUGACGCUGUCGUGGAUGGCAUCGAGGGCUUCUUCAAAGACGUGGGCAUCCCAUGCUUUGCUCCAACAAAAGAAGCGGCUGAGCUCGAGGGAUCCAAGACUUUCGCAAAAGAUUUUAUGGCCAAGUACAACAUUCCUACUGCCGCAUAUCGGAACUUUGACGACAUCGAGAGCGCAAAGACCUACGUCAAGGAGGCAGACCAUCGAGUCGUCAUCAAAGCCGACGGCCUCGCCGCUGGAAAAGGAGUUGUGCUACCUGAAACAAAGCAGGAGGCAUUGUCCGAGCUCGACAGCAUCAUGAAAGCUGAUGGAAAGUUUUCGGCUGCUGGCUCUUCUGUAGUGAUUGAGGAGUUCAUGGAGGGAGACGAGAUCAGCAUCCUGACCUUUAGCGAUGGCAAGACUUUCCGAUCUCUUCCUCCAGGACAAGAUCAUAAGCGCGUCUUUGAGGGAAACAAGGGGCCAAACACUGGAGGCAUGGGCGUCUACUCGCCAGUCCCUUUUGCAACUCAGGAUGUCCUGGAUGAGAUUGACAGGUCCAUCCUACAGCCCACGUUCGACGGACUUGAAAAGGAGGGGCGCCCCUUUGUUGGGCUUUUGUUCACAGGUGUCAUGAUCACGCCCCAUGGGCCCAAGGUCAUCGAGUACAACGUGCGGUUUGGUGACCCAGAAACGCAGAGCGCCAUGAUGCUCCUCUCGGAAGAUACAGACCUCGCUGCUGUUCUUCUCGCAUGUACCUCAGGAACUCUUGGUCAAGCCAACUUGAGCAUGCGCUCAGGCUUCGCAUGCAAUGUGGUUGUUGCUUCUCAGGGGUACCCAGGGAGGUAUGUAACAGGAGUGCCAAUCACUCUCCAAACGUGCCCCAAGUAUGUUCAAGCUUUCCAUGCCGGUACUUUCAGAGACAAAAACGGCCGUUUGAGAACUGGCGGGGGGCGCGUCUUCUCUGUCGCCGCCUGGGGAAGUACCCUCCAGGAGGCCGUUGAGACCGCAUACGAGGGUACAAAGAGUGUUCACUUUGACGGCAUGUUUUCGCGAAAGGACAUUGCUUCUCGGUGA